AUGAAGUUGAUCCACAAAAGUACCAAUCGCCAACUAAGAGGUCUUGCUUUGGCGACCAUGGCAUGGGUCCUUUGCAGCACCUCCGUGGAUCACCCGGAGUGGAGAGUGUGGCACUUUCAAGGACCUGAUGUAUCCAAGUCCAACACGGCAUUUGUAGGAAUGUGGAGAAUGUGUAUUUACCCCUAUGCCAACAACUCUGAUAAUGUCGGAGUCUGUCACCGAUACUCUUACCACAAUACCUUCAUUCCUACAGAUAUUAGAGUCUCCCAACACCUAAUGCUGGUCUCCAGCCUUCUCUCCCUGAUUGGAACAGUCACCAUCACUGUUAGUGUUUGGAAUAUGUACACAAGAAAACAACAGAAGAAGGUCUUUUGCAACCCAUUCUGCUUUAUAGGGAUUCUGAACAUCAUUGUCAGCAGCUUUGUCUCCCUUUCUUUUCUGUUAAAUUAUGUAUCCAUCAAAAGGCAGGUUGGGAUUGCCUUCCCACCAUCAUUCCAUGUGCCUUCCCUGCUUUAUACUCAAGAAAUUGGAAGUGCCAUGGUCGCGGCAGGUGUUGCUGCAUUUCUUUUUCUAUCUAGUGGCAUAAUUUUCAUUUCUUUCAACUUUUCCCUGGACACCUAUGUGUACUGUAGGGUUUAA